CAAUCGAAAAUAACGGCGGGAAUCGGCGGCGUCGCUUGUGUGGAUAUCAACAACGAAAAAUCAAUUGAUAAAAGCAAUUGCAACCGUUUGGACGAGUCAAAAAUUAUCUCUAAAAUUAAGUAAAACCCACUUGAUAAUGGAAUCUCGGUUGCCGAAACCGUCGGCCCUGAAAAGGCCCCAGAUGCCGGUAAAAACCGUGCUGCCAACAGAUCGCAUUCGCGCAGGAGGUCCUGCAGGAUUGGGUUUGGGAUUAGGAGGAGGAGUUGGUGCACCUGGUAGUACCUUCAAUGCCAACCAAACGUACUGCGGCAACUUGCUGCCGCCUCUGUCGCGCGACCUUAACAAUCUGCCGCAAGUUCUUGAGCGCCGCGGUAGAAUAGCACGUGCAGCCUCGCCCGAACCCAUGAAAGUGGGCAAUCGGGCCAAGCUUAGACGCAGCAGGAGCGCCUGUGACAUCAACGAACUGCGCGGGAACAAGAGGACCGCUGCCGUUCCCACAUUACCCAGCAUACCCAGUAAAGUUUCCCGUAUGGCCAGUACAGUCACUAAUCCCAGCCAGCGAACUGCACGGCCAGCGGUCACCGCCACUGCUGCUCCUCCCAAAAGAGCGCCGGUAACGCGUCCUGGUCCUUCUCGGACUGCAGCGCCAGCAGUUACCAAAGCCAAACCAGCAGGAACUGCAGGAGCAUCCAGCACAGGAGCAGGAGGAGCAUCCGGCACAAAGCGCAUUGCCCCCUAUGACUUCAAAGCCCGCUUCCAUGAUCUGCUGGAGAAGCACAAGGUGCUGAAAACCAAGUAUGAGAAGCAGAUAGAGGACAUGGGCGAACUGGAGUCCAUGCCCAUGCAACUGGAGGAGACGCAGGGCAAGCUCAUCGAAACGGAAGCCACGCUGAAGAACACCCAGACGGACAAUGAGUGUCUGCAGAGGCAGGUGAAGCAGCAUACCAAGAAUAUCGAGACCAUAACUUCCACACUGGGCAGGACUAAGGAGGAGCUCUCCGAACUGCAGGCAAUACAUGAGAAAAUAAAAACUGAGCAUGCUGCUUUGACCACAGAAGUCGUACAUUUGCGCCAGCGCACCGAGGAAUUGCUGCGCAGCAAUGAGCAACAGGCCGCCGAACUGGAGACCUGCAAGGAGCAGUUGUUCCAGUCGAACAUGGAGCGCAAGGAGCUGCACAACACGGUGAUGGAUCUGCGCGGCAACAUCCGGGUCUUCUGUCGAAUACGACCGCCGCUGGACUGCGAGGAGAACCGCAUGUGCUGCACCUGGACGUACCACGACGAGGCGACCGUGGAGCUGCAGAGCAUUGACAUGCAGGCCAAGAACAAAAUGGGCCAGCAGAUCUUCUCGUUCGACCAGGUCUUCCAUCCGCUCUCCUCCCAGUCGGACAUAUUUGAGAUGGUCUCGCCGCUCAUCCAGUCGGCGCUCGAUGGCUACAACAUCUGCAUCUUUGCCUACGGCCAGACGGGCAGCGGCAAGACCUACACCAUGGACGGAGUGGCCGACAGUGCGGGCGUCAUUCCGCGCACGGUGGAUCUGCUCUUCGACUCCAUCCGGGGCUAUCGCAAUCUGGGCUGGGAGUACGAGAUCAAGGCCACCUUCUUGGAGAUCUACAACGAGGUGCUGUACGAUCUGCUGAGCAACGAGCAGAAGGACAUGGAGAUACGGAUGGCCAAGAACAACAAGAACGAUAUCUAUGUGUCCAACAUAACGGAGGAGACUGUCCUGGAUCCCAAUCAUCUGCGCCAUCUGAUGCACACGGCCAAGAUGAACCGGGCCACCGCCUCCACAGCUGGCAACGAGCGCUCCUCCCGCUCCCAUGCCGUUACCAAGCUGGAGCUCAUCGGACGCCACGCCGAGAAGCAAGAGAUCUCGGUGGGCUCCAUAAACCUGGUGGAUUUGGCCGGCUCAGAGUCUCCCAAGACGAGCACCCGCAUGACCGAGACGAAGAACAUCAAUCGCUCGCUCUCCGAGCUGACCAAUGUGAUCCUGGCGCUGCUGCAGAAGCAGGAUCACAUCCCGUACCGAAACUCCAAGCUCACGCACCUUUUGAUGCCCUCGCUGGGCGGCAACUCGAAGACCCUAAUGUUCAUCAACGUUUCGCCGUUCCAAGACUGCUUCCAAGAGUCCGUCAAGUCGCUGCGAUUCGCCGCCUCUGUGAACUCCUGUAAAAUGUCCAAGGCCAAGCGGAAUCGCUACCUAAAUAACUCGGUGGCCAACAGCAGCACGAAUAGCAACAGCAGUGGCAGUUUCGAUAAAUAACAAACUCUUAACAAUUGUCAAAUUUUCUAACCUGUUAUUGCUUAAUUUAUGUGUUUACUUUAAGUGCAAAUAAACUAAUAAAGUGCUGGAAUCGAAUGGCA